AUGGCCACCCCUGACGUCGCUAGUCUGGUGGCCUUAGGAUGGAAAUCGGCGGCGCGAGGCAAGCUCCGCCCAAUUCACGGUCCCCGAAGCCGUAACUUGACUGCCGACCUCUUGUCAAUCGCAACCUCACCACGCCACAUCAAUCCGCUAGCCUCUCCCAAUCGCUGCAGGGAGCUUCACAACACUUGUCCCUCCCGCUGCUUCCCCUUCUGGCAGGAAUUGCUCGCCUGCUACGUCGUCAACACUUCCGGCGAGGAUGACUCGGGCAAGAAGAAGUGUGCCCCGGCCCUUGAGGACUACUACGAGUGCCUUCACCACAAGAAAGAGCGUGCGCGCGUCGAGGCCCUCCAGCUGGCAUACCGCAGGGCGGAGCAUGCCAACCCGAGGGAAGAUCCGCCAACGGCAGGGCAGAUACGGAAUCUCGGUUUAAUAGGAAAGGAGGAAGACACGAAGAAGGUGCUCGACAUGUUUUGGGCUGUUCUCGUUCGCUGUAGUUCGGCAUGCCUGCCGGAGUUCCCGCACCCUGAUGGAUCUUCGUUCAGGCUAGAUCGACUUGCUGAGCCCGAUGACAAGAAACUUGCAAGGUCCGCUAGCCGGUCUUGUGCCCCCAAAUCUAACCCUCGAAUUUCGGUCUAUGUACCAUCCCAACCAAACACCAAGUUCUUCUUUGACUACCGAGUCACCAAAAUACCCCCACCUACACCCGAAGCCGCAGAAACAAAAUACCUUUUCUUCAAGGUCUUCAUCAACGGUCGUCAUAUCGUCGCCUGGGGCAUUGAUCUCCGUAAAGUCACCAGCGGCUCAGCCUACCGAGCUCUGUACGGACCUGGCAGGUAUUACCAAAAUUUCUCUGAAGACGGCAAGACUGUCAUGACGCAGCCCGGCAUCGAGGCGAGGUACUUCUGGUUCCUGUCUGAUGUUGGAUCUUUGAGCCACAAUGGCAGUAUCAAAUCUGUUGCCAAUGAUGGCGGACUCAUUGAGGUCCAGGUCUUUAGGGCCAAGGGAAGAACAGGCCGUACACCCAUUCUGGAUCCGUAUCGCAGUCAGGACAGGUACGGUGUUGGCGUCUUGAGUGACGGCCUGGUGGACAGACCAGAGGAGGCAGCUUAUUACGACUACCAUCUCUAUGACCCUAAAGAAGCCCCAUUUGCAACCUUUGACUUCCAUUACCGUUCGUGGCACAACUUGAAACAAUUACACAUCAUCCCACAUGAUGAGCUCAAAGCUUUUACAUCAAAUUCCGAGGAUACAUUCGGCUCCGCUGAUCUUGAAUCUGCAAAGUUUGUUUGGGAAGAGUUAGAGGAGUUUGGGGGCGGCAUCCACAAGGAGCGCCAACAAACACACAAUCAGCAUUCCCGAAGCAGCUCCGCCCCUAGAGCAUCAACCUAUAUGCUUAUCGAAGAGGACAGCGGUUUGUUUGAUUAUACUCAAGCUCAUGGUCCCGCUACCUCGACAGUGAGAAGAAGGAAUAGUUUUGGUGCCAGAAACUAUCAACUAAACAGCCCGCCGCAGCUGGAGCCGCCCACCGCAGGAUCUUUUAGUGACCGAAUUCCUCAACCUAGCAAGAGACUACGUGAUAGUGCAGCUUGCGACUUUCUCCUGCGCCGUCCGUUACCGGAGCUUCCUCCGCCCGACCUAACGGGCGACCUCGAUCCCCGAACAUCCCGUGGUUCGAUAGUGACAUCGAGAAGAUCAUCUGUCUCUUCUCGAGCACCCUCUAUCACUCCAUCACUGCUCCCCUAUAUUGAUGGGGAAUCUUUUGUUUCCGAGAGCUUCGAAAUUGGUGUAGCAAAAGGAGUGGAGCUUUCGCAGAUGAAGGAGAAGGAAGACAAGCUCUGGCGCCGAUGGUCGCGCAAGACGACAGCUAUAGCAUUGCCUGCAGAAUGGUUGUCUUCCAGGUCCAAAACGUCAACGUCAACAGGCCAGAGGGCGUUUAAUGACUUCAAAACCCAAGAGACGGGAAAACUGGCCAAAAACCCCGAUGUUUCUGGGUCUGAUUAUGACACCAUUUCUAUCGCAUCAUCUACCGAUUUCUACCAACCCGACUGCCAAGGAUAUCUUGGUUCGAGCGUAGUACCGCGAGACCCCAAAGGUGGUAUGCUCGGUGAAGAGGAACAAUUUCAAAUGGCACUGACACCAGUGCAGGAGGAACGUCGACGCCGGGAUAUAGACACCGCUGGUGCAGGCAAAGUCAGUCCCAAAGCGAAGCAACUGCUCGGAGAUGAGCUGGAUUUCUCCUCAAAUUUUGCGCUAUCUUCCAAGAAUCGAAGAGCCAAUCCUUCCAUUCACUCCUUCGGUACCUUGAGCGUAUCGGAGUCAGAGUGGGCUGCUAGCUCACUGUCGGCCUCUGAGAGUAUGAUACGUCAGCGUCAGCCUAGUACAAGCUUCCUCACCAAGAUUUGGAGCCCGCGCUCUAAGAAUCGCACCACAAGCAGCAAGUCAUCACCUGUCGAAAGACCGAGUGGAGGUGCAGACGGGUCGCUCAAGGAACUAAAAAGGAGCGGUUUCGGGGCAAGCGGCUCUAGUCUUGUAGUUGGGCUUGGGGGACAUGUGGAGCCUGGUAAUACUUGGAUUUGA